CUAUUCACAGAAUAUGGACUGUACUUGGACAAAGAGAGCACUAAAAUCGAUUCCUAUUCCCUCUAGGAUGUUUUCUUCAUAGUUCAUACGCCCCAAGUGAAUUUUCUGUAACAGAUCUCUCUCUCUCUCUCUCUCUCCAUGGCUUCUUCCCCUUCCGUAAAAGACGCUCUGGGUGACCUCAACAAAGACUCCUUCGUCUCCCUCCUUUCAAAACUGAUUGGAGAGUCCAAGCACGUCCAGAACAACCCACCAGAGCUAAUCCCAGAGGAGGACAGGAUAGUGAGGCACGUGCUCGACGUCCUCCUCCCCCACAGCACCACCACCGGCGGCGGCCCACUCAUCAUCAACCACGUCGCUUACCAUCCCAACAGAGGCAACCUCAUAGUCGACUACCCUGGAACUGAACCACACAAGAUCUUGUCCUUCGUUGGAAUGCACAUGGAUGUUGUCACUGCUAACCCUAGUGAUUGGGAUUUUGAUCCUUUCUCUUUGGGUAUUGAUGGGGAUAAACUUUCUGGCCGUGGAACGACCGAUUGUUUAGGGCAUGUUGCUCUUGUAACUGAACUUAUGAAGAGGUUGGGUGAGACAAAGCCAAAGUUGAAGUCGACUGUAGUUGCAGUAUUCAUAGCUAGUGAAGAGAACUCAUCCAUCACAGGAGUUGGUGUGGAUGCAUUAGUGAAAGAUGGUUUGCUUAAUAAGUUAAAGAAUGGUCCUCUGUUUUGGAUUGACACAGCAGAUAAACAACCUUGCAUUGGUACUGGUGGUAUGCUACCAUGGAAACUUCAUGUCACAGGAAAGCUUUUUCACAGUGGUCUUGCACACAAGGCUAUAAAUCCUUUGGAACUAGCUAUGGAAGCACUCAAAGAGAUCCAGUUGCGGUUUUAUCGAGAUUUCCCUCCUCAUCCUAAAGAAGAAGUUUAUGGUUUUGCAACACCAUCAACUAUGAAACCAACUCAAUGGAGCUAUCCAGGAGGCGGUAUCAAUCAAAUCCCAAAAGAGUGUACAAUUUCAGGAGAUGUCAGGUUGACUCCAUUUUACAACAUAACAGAUGUUAUGAAGAAGCUACAAGAGUAUGUAGAAAAUUUGAAUGCCAACAUAGAGAAGCUAGAUGUGCGGGGACCAGUUUCAAAAUAUGUCCUACCAGAUGAACACCUUAGGGGGAGAAUUACAAUCAGUUACGAUGAGGCAAUGAAUGGAGUUGCUUGCAAUCUUGAUUCGCGUGGCUUCCACGUAUUGUGCAAAGCCACCGAAGAAGCUGUUGGCCAUGUAAAACCCUACUCUAUCACUGGGAGUUUGCCACUUAUUCGAGAACUGCAGGAUGAAGGCUUCGAUGUUCAAACUGCAGGCUAUGGUUUAAUGGCCACUUACCAUGCGAAGAAUGAAUAUUGCCUUCUUUCCGAUAUGGGCCAAGGUUACCAGGUGUUUGCAAGCAUCAUUUGCCAAUUAGAAGAUUGAUGUUCAACAAGCAAAGAAGGAAGUGCAAGGCAAUUAUCACCCAGCAAAAUGCAUAAAAAUUGGCUAACCUCAAGAAACUUGCAAAAUUGUUACAGUGACGACUUUGGAAAAUUUCCUCAACAGAUUGAUACUAUUCAACUCUUAUAUUAUUGGUAUACAUAUAAUUCUGUUAUACAUUUUUGGUAUACUAAUCGAACUCUGCUACAAUUUCUAUACAAAUUUCCCCGUAUCCAACUACAAA